CCGACGAUUUCCAGGAUUACAGAUUUUCUUUGUCAACCUUGACAAAUUGAUUCCUCAGCAGCGUAGGAGUUUGAAUAAAUUUUCAUUUAUAUAUGCGUCUUAGCAAAAAGAAAAAAGACUUUCGGAAAUCAUGUCUUCUCCUGUGAUCUAUAUCGUCUAUUAUUCCACUUACGGCCACAUCUACACACUCGCUAAAGAGAUUCAGCGAGGUUUGGUGGCCCAAGGUGCGGAAGUGAAGAUCUUCCAAAUCGCCGAGACUUUGCCUGAAGAGGUCCUCACCAAGAUGUAUGCUCCUCCUAAGCAAGAUGUUCCUAUCAUCACUGCCGAUGACUUGAAGAACGCUGAUGGUAUUCUCUGGGGUAUCCCCACUCGUUUCGGUACCAUGCCCGCUCAAAUCAAGACCUUCUUGGAUUCCACUGGUAGUCUUUGGCAAUCUGGUGCCUUGGCCGGCAAGUUCACUGGUGUCUUUUUCUCUACUGCUGCUCAACACGGUGGACAAGAGACCACUGCACUCUCCACCAUCACCUACUUCGCUCAUCACGGUAUGCCUUUUGUUCCUCUAGGCUUCGCACAUGCUAACAUGUUCGACAACUCUGAGGUUAUCGGAAGCUCACCUUAUGGUUCUGGUACUGUCGCUAACGGUGAUGGAUCCCGCCAACCUACCGAAAAGGAACUCGCCAUCGUAUAUACUCAAGGCGAGAACUUCGCCAAGGUUGUGAAGACAAUGAAGCAAGGUGCUGCUAAUUUGGAGAAGCCUGAGGUUGACACUUUCAGUGAAGGCACUCGCGCCGAUGUUACUGAGUCAGUUGAGACUAAAGAGGAACCUAUUAAAACGGAAACACAGCCGGUUAAGCAGAACGUAGCCAAGAAGUCCGAAGUCAAGAAGGAAGAAAAGACCAAGUGGUGGAAAAAAUUGCUCUGCAUGUAAAACUUUAUAUACACUCAUUCUAGUUACCAUUCUUUAAGGACAUUAUUUUGUUUUUUUUAAUUACCAUUCCAUUUCAUUACUACCUACAUUAGUACCUACAUAUACUAUAUUUCUACAGAAGUUUGUAAUGUUUUGUAUAUUAUCUACUUAGAACAGGAGCCUCAUAUAAAAUCCGUCGCUUUGUUAGAACUGCAGCUGACUGAGAUGAAAGACGCCGGA